AUGCCAUCGCAGCGCCCCGAACGCUCGCUCAACGUCCUCGUCGCCCUGACCGACCCCUCGGCUUUCCGUUUUGGCUGCUCCGUCGUCGCGCGCCUACACCGCCUCCAGCAUGUUUCGCUCAAGGUGAUUGCCUGCAAUGGCUUCCCCAAAUCGGCUCACACCACGGUUCCUUCGCACCUCGAGCCUGUCUGGCAGACCUAUGACGUCGAGCACAACACAACCCCUGGGUGGCAACAUGCCGACUUCGUAGAAACAAAGGUGGCAGAGUACUGCUCAUGGGCUGACCUGCUGGUCCUUGCACCCCUCGAUGCCGAGAACAUGGCUCGCAUGCUGCACGGCUUCACCAGCAAUCUCCACCUGCAGAUACUGCGGAGCUGGGAUGUAUCCAAGAAAGUGAUGCUCAUACCCGCAAUGUCCACCCUCAUGUGGGAGAAUCCCAUGUCGAGAAAGCAGAUCAGCAAGAUUCGCAGAAAAUGGAACUGGAUCCGCGUCCUACCGCCUUUCCUGUGGUCGUUUGAUGCGGCCGGCCGAAAGUAUCAGCCCUGGGAGGGACACAAGGCCUUCAAUGAAUCCAUGCAGACACAAAUCGAUCUCAUGGCGGUUGGAGAUCGCACCAUUGCACUGCCCAUUGCCCAUCUCCCAACACUGACACGUACCCGAAGCAAAGGAGCUCAUCUCCCACCAGAGCUGUGGUCCAUUAUUCUAGAGUUCACUGAGGACUGGGAGCUCGCCACGACGCUGAAUGUGCACACAAACCUGCCAAUCCCGCCAGAGUGGCGACAAUCUGCCAGCGACGAAGGGCCCAAGACGCAGAUGCAGAAGCUCGAGUGGGCGCUGCUUACUUGUCCCUAUGCUGAAAUCAACACGUUGUUUGACUUGGAGAGCCCCACUCGCAUCUCUCGUCUUUGCAUCGAACUCAUCAUGCGCUUCGCCUUACUACGUGUUCUGGCCCACUUGGAGAACCACCACAAGGACCUCUUCUGGGGCACCUUUGGACAUGCUUUCUUGCCACACAAGGCAUCUGUGUUCGGCAAGACGGAAAUUCUCGAGUACUGGCGGACGUCGCCCACCUUUCUCACCAAAGAAUACUCUACCGAAGCCAUCGACAGUGCCAGUCGCACCAACUCGGUUCAAGCCCUGGACUGGUGGUAUGCCUCCGGCCUUCCUCUCAAAUACACCGAAGCCGCCCUCGAGCAAGCAAGCUCACAGGGCCACAUUCAGGUCCUCAAGUGGUGGAAGGAACAUAGCCGGUACCGCACAGCGCCCAUUACGCCACCCCCUCCUAGCGAGGAGAAGGAUGUCAACAAAGCCCAGCGUGAUCUACUGAAGCUCAAAGUCGGCAAAUCAAUUACCUACGCAACACAGUCGGGCUGUCUGCCCGCCAUCCACUUUUGGGUCGAGUCUGGCAUACCCUUCUCGCACGAAGACACCAUUGCCAAGAUUGCCUCCCAUCACGGACACACGCACAUUCUCGACUACUGGCGCAAACUUCGCGGCGAGAAGAUGCUUUUCGACAACCAGGUCCUCGUGGGGCCUACGAAGAUGGGGCACGCCAACGUGCUGGACUGGUGGAAACGCAGUGGACUAAGAGUAGAGUACAAGACGUGCGAUAUCGAAGAGGCGCUCGAGGACGGCGUUGAGGGAGAACGAGGGGAGAGCGUCAGGAGAUGGUGGGCGCUCAAUGGACUGAAUCUGGGGGUUGGGACGAGCGAGUGGAUGAGGGUCAAAGUUUUGGGCUCGUGGUGA